AUGAAAACAGAGCUUGACGACGACGUAGAGCUAUCGGCCAAAGAGCUAGAGCCAACUGAAGAACUUGUCAAGGUAGCCGAAGUCAACAGCGUAGAAGAGGUAGACGUCAAGUUGAAGCUCAGACUCGAGGACGAGUUCGUAAUCGGGAAUAGCGUAGCAAAGCCGGUGGAGGUAUUUGGACCGGGUGUACUGGUUACGGGCUCAUUUGGCAGACUCGACGACGGUGUAGAGCUGGAUGUACUGCUUGGAGCGGAUGAUGGAGCUGAAGGCGACAACGUCCCCGGUAUCGACAUGGAACUCCCUGCUGACGACGUCAGGAAGGGCGACGAAGUGGAACCUGUCGAUGGCACAACGGAGGAGCUACCUACACUGGUGGGAAGAGUAGAUGAACCGAAGCUACUCGACGAGAGGGAAGUAGGUGUAGAUAGCGAUUGUGUAAGACUCGUUGACGACGGUAUCGCGGAACUGCCGAUACUGCUCGUCAGGCUCAUGAAUGUACUUGAAGAUAUGUCGGCAGAGAGAGUCGGUCCUGAAGUGGGACUAGGCAGAGACACGGUGAAGCCAUCGCUCUGCAUGGAUGGGAAAACGAAAGAGCCCCCAGUAGUUGUUGAUGUACCGGGGCGGAGGUUAGCCGAGCUACCGGAUAGGCUUGUCAACGUUGUAGGUGCGCUUGAAGUCGUUGGCCGAGGUAAGCUCGAUGUCUCCGACAAUGCUGAGCCCGAAGAAGAUGAACUUACAGACGACGAAGUCGAUAGACCCGGUAAGAACAGAGCUGACGAGGUCGGUCCUAACGUCGAAGACACAACAGCAGCACCAGAAGAAGGCAUACUCGACACCCCCACCGAAGAAACAAUCGGCGUGACAUCCACCGUCCUAGUAGGCAGCGUACUGAACCGACUAGGCGGCGCAAUACUGUCCAACCACUCCGUCGUACUAUUCACAACAGAAAAGUAG